UAUAAAUGUAACAUAAACCAAAAAUAUCCUGUUUUGAUUCGAUCAUUUCGUUUAUAAUUUUCUUGUUUGUUUAAAAUUUAAAGUUUAAUUUAUUUAUUUAUUUUUUGGUGGCUUGUGAUGGGCGACGAUAAGAAGUUACCGCCAUCAAGGAGUAUGCUUUCAUGCUGCAAAUUUCAUUGGAGAGGAAAAGUUUCAAUUCUUGCACCCUUGAUAACUCUGCCGAUUUUAAUCCAUGGACUUCAGCAUAACCGACCUGAGUUUAAAUGCAUUUAUUUAAUUGUCGUGAUGGCCAUAUAUUGGAUAACAGAAUGUCUACCUCUAUAUGUUACAUCUCUAUUUCCUGUAAUUUUUUUGCCUCUGUUUGGAAUCUUGUCAUCAGAAAGAACUUGCAGUUUGUUUUUUACAAACACUUUGGUAAUGUUUAUAGGUGGACUGGUUUUGGCUCUGGCUAUAGAAUAUUCUAAUUUGCACAAACGUAUUGCUCUGGGUACCAUUUUAUUAGUUGGUUGCAGUCCUCGACGAUUGCACUUUGGUCUGAUUAUUGUCACUAGUUUUUUAUCUAUGUGGAUUUCCAAUUCAGCAUGUACGGCAAUGAUGUGUCCUAUUGUAAAAGCCAUUUUAAACGAAAUGGAAGCACAAAAGAUUUUUACAGUAUACAUGACACAAGAGGAGGAGCCAGUUGAGGAAGGCGAGCCUCGUCAUCCCUCCAAAAUCUCGAUGGCAUUUUAUUUUGGCACCGCAUAUGCUUCUUCAAUUGGAGGCGUUGGUACUCUGAUUGGGACGGGAACAAAUCUGACAUUUAAGGGCAUUUAUGAAACCCGUUUCCCCGAUUCUAAAGAAGAAAUCGAUUUUCCAAUAUUCAUGGCUUAUGCGGUACCCAUUACAGUAGUUGUUAACGUUUUGAUGCUUUAUAUUUCCCUGCAAUUAACUCACAUGGCUCUAUUUCGGCCAAAUAGCAAGACCGGCCAGGAAGUUAAGGCUGCAACUGCAAAUAAGGACUUGCUCCACGGUGUAGUCAAAGAAAAUUAUAAGGCGCUGGGAAAGAUGACGUGUCAUGAAGUUCAGGUCGCAUCCGUGUUCGCAUUAAUGGUUGUCCUGCUCUUCACUGUAAAGCCUGGUUUUAUGACUGGAUGGGGCGAGGCUCUUGAUCUUCAAGCCGUUCAGAGUUCGGCUAUCGUCUUUUUGUCUGUUGUGAUUUUGUUUGCCCUUCCCACUCAGUACACGUUCUUUAAGUAUUGUUGUGGUUCAGCUCCAUUCACUGGCCGUGCCAUGGAUGCCUGCCUCUCAUGGACGUUUAUUCACAAUAAUAUGCCUUGGGGACUCUGUUUCUUGAUUGGUGGUGGAUUUGCUCUUGCAGAAGGAAGUAAGGUCAGUGGCAUGGCCAAAAUGUUGGGCGAGUCUAUGUCAUUCAUUCAAGCGUUUCCAAGAGACGUAGUGAUAGGAGUGACAAUCGUAAUGGGAAUAGCUUGCACCGCUUUCAGCUCGAACGUGGCUGUGUGUAAUAUACUCACACCUGUCUUCUGUGAAAUGGCUUUAGCCGUUAAGAUUCAUCCAUUGCUUCUGACUCUACCAGCAACGCUAGCCAUGAGCUUUGCCUAUCAUCUGCCGGUCAGCACACCUCCCAAUGCGAUUAUCAGUGGUUAUAGUAAUAUCAAAACAAAAUAUAUGGCAGUGGCUGGAAUAUUGCCCACUUUGUGGGGUAUUAUCCUGCCGUGGGUCAACGCUGUGACUUGGGGUAUGGUUGUAUUUCCCGAAAGCAAAAGUUUUCCUGAUUGGGCAAAAGAUGCUUAACUACAAUCAUUUUAUGAAAAUUAUGGGUUGACCAGAAUUGAAUACAAUAUGACAAUAUAACUAAAA